GGCUGGCUACCACAGAACCACCAGAAGACCGGCUGCCUCCGACGGAACCGGUUGCGUGUCGGAAAGGGCAACGACGGGAGCUGGCAGGUCCCAUCACGAGCGAGCCAUGAACGGCCAGAGCAUGGACGUGGUCUGGGACCCGCAGACCCAGACUAACUCGUUAGAGGGUUGGGAUUAUUCUAUCGAGCUCGCGUACCUUAAGAGUCUUAAGGGAUCCUCCUCCGAAAAUAAUCUACAACUGGCGGCCGAAUUGGGCAAGACACUACUGGAACGGAAUAAGGAGCUGGAGAACAUCAUCAAGCUGCACCAGGCUACCGUGGAGGAGCAAACGCAAGAAAUCGAGUAUAUGAAAAAGCAGACGGCCGCCCUAAGAGAGGUGAACAAUACGCGACUGAAAGUCUACGAACAGCUGGAAGUCAGCGUGCAGGAUCUGGAACGUGCGAAUCAUCACCUGGUGAUCGAGAACACGAGCGAUAAGAAACUAAUCAAGAGCCAAUCCGUGACUAUCGAGAAUCUGGAAAUCAGAUGCGAGGAGCUUCAGAAGAAGAUCGACGACCUGACCGAACGAUUGCGCCAGCAUGCCGCAAGCCCGUCUAGGAAUCACGCGCAGCAGCAGCAGCAGCAGCAGCAGCAGCAGCAGCAGCAGCAGCAACAACAACAACAACAACAGCAGCAAUUGCAGCAGCAACAGAGCACCGAUUGGGAAACUUUGGAUACGGAAGGUGGCAGCGAGAAACAGAGAGCUGCCCCGAGCUCGCCGAAGUGCUCCCAAGACACGACUAAAACGAGCGUGACUAGCGACGAAGAGAUGACCGAGUUGUUGCGGCAGCUGCAGGACGCUCGCAAUCAAAGGGCCAGGGAACAGAAGAAGGUUUUCGAACUCAAUCAGCAGCUGGCCACGCUGCUGCAGGAGAAUAGCACGUUGGAGGAGCAAUUAACGGAAUUGCGUAACAAGGCGCAAGAUGUAAAGAGUCUGCAGGACGAGAUCAGCACCUUGGAGGAAGUCAGACGAGGUCAGUUAUGCGGACGUUGUUUACGCGGCAUGGACACGAGGACGCACGACGAGCUGUCCAUAAUGCUGGAUCAAGAGGAGUACGAUGACAUAAGUGUGGCCGAGUCGUUAAUCAGCGAGAAUCAGCGUGACUCCGAACUGACUGUGCAGGAAGUGACAAACUUCGCGAAAUCCAUGCCAAAGACCGAACAUAAAUGGUAUAGUUCGUUGUUGUGGAGGAUAUUUACUUAUAUGAAAGUGCCGUUGUUGCUAUGUCACUUUUCCGAAGCGAUCGUCUAUGUUAGAGCCCACGUCAUUGUUCCAAUAGCGCUCGCGCCUUUUCGAAUACCCUUGUUUGUUCUCCAGAAAAUGUCUCUGAUUGUCCUUAAACUUUGGCUGUUCAGACAUCGAACGCCGGAGUACCGACAGCUCUUCAGCGAGAUCUUCAGCGUUCUGAAACGGGCGGCCGAGGCGAAGGACGAGGGGGAGAAGUUGCCGUUGCUCGAUGAUCCCGCCACAUCGCAGACAAAGUACGACGCGUCGUUACAGGAAGAGCUGCAUAGCGAGGCGACGGACGACAAUCAAAGCGUCAUGUCCUCCAUGGUAUCGUCGGUGGUCUCGGAGCCGGUCUUCAGGGUGCAAUCCGCCAGCCCGGCCAACCCGAAAGACGGCCAACUAUCCGACAACAAAUCCAACAACACCACCAAUCAACAGCCGGCAAAGGACGGAGGCUGCAGAAUGGAUUACGUGUCUCUCAACUUGCGCGUCCGCAAGAAGUCUUCGGCGAAGAAGAACGCCGCUAAGAAGGCGCAUUACAACGACCGGUCGACCACGCCGGACGUCAUUCCCACGACAAAUCCGAAACUCGUGCCGCCUAAACCGAAUGGCGGUGGCCGAAGAAGGUUCAAACCGUUCAACCCUGCCGAACACGAGCACUCUAAUGCGUGGAACGGUCAGCAUAACGGACAUCCGAACCGGACGAGGGAUAACUGGAGGAAGCUGUACGGUCUUGCACGCGGUCCGAGCGAGCAGCAGCAGCAACAGCAGCAGCAGCAACAGCAGCAACAACAGCAGCACAAUAAUUACGAGUACAAGGAUUUCAAACCCAGCACCGCGUCGGAGGAGGUAGCACGGCUGAAGCGAUUAGAGAUGUCUUACGCAGAGGUUCUUCGUACGCCUAACAAUAAAUCCAGAGCCAAUAAUCAUUAUCGUAGAAAUUAGACGGAACGAAUGAACGCGGAUGGAACGAAACGCGUACACGAGGUGUAGAGUUUUAUAUUUGGAUUUUGAUUAUAAUCUUGGCUAUAUAGAGUAGAGAUCUCACGCGUUGAUCCUCGUCAUUCAUCCCGCGAUGAGACUCAGUAUUGUUUUGUACUCUCUUGUAAAUAUUCUACGACGCGGAUACGUGUAGCGAUAUGAUUCUAGGGCACUAAUUAGCGCGUCUGCGUUAGCUUUUAAGUUUGAACAUUUCGUAUUUCAUUGUAUAUCCCCUUCCCUUCCACGCGGUGAACGUACUACGGCGAGUAUUGACCCCUGGUGGUGCCGUCGUUAGUUCUUACGGAGAAAAAUUUAUUCAUGUGCCAUUUACUCUCCGUGUGUCAAAAUACCAACUUCCGACUUUGAAACUCGCACUAUUCUUCAAUAACGCAAACCCUCUUCCCGGAGAGGUGAUCCUUAGUGCAUGACCAGCAACAGCAUGCGUGGUGUGUUAGCUUUUGUAUUUUAUAGGUAUGAAUAUAUUGUGAUGAUGUAUGUAUAAAUAAAUAAAUUCUUUAUCGUAUUAA